AUGGGGCAUCUGAAGCAGCCAUUUGCGAUUCCGUUAUCGCCCGCCAUGCCCCUCCCGGAGACCAACCCCUCCAUCCCCCACGACUUCCUCCUCCCCAUGACUCCUCCAGAUCCCACUGAUGCCCCAUUACCGGGAACCAAGGAGACGCCACCCGUCGCCACAGCCCUCCAGGUCAUCUCAGCGGAGCGCGCUGCCCUGGCGCAUCUGGAGCAUAUCUACCAGACCGAUCCCUUGGCGCAAGACUACCUUGCGCGCGCCGUGACUCAGAUCGUACGCAGCAUCAAGCAUGGCGGGAAAUUGGUCUGCUGUGGAGUGGGCAAGAGUGGGAAGAUUGCCCAAAAGCUGGAAGCCACCAUGAAUAGCCUGGGCAUCUACAGCGCAUUCCUGCACCCCACCGAGGCAUUGCAUGGUGACCUGGGCAUGAUACGACCGCACGACACGCUCUUGUUGAUAUCGUUCUCGGGUCGCACGCCGGAGCUUCUGCUCAUGCUUCCUCAUAUACCUUCAACGGUCCCGGUGAUUGCCAUCACCUCUCAUAUGCGCCCGUCGACCUGUCCGCUGCUCUCUUUCCAUCCGUCCCACAUGGGAAUCCUCCUGCCAGCCCCCAUCCAUGAGGAUGAAGAGUCCUCGAUCGGCGUAUGUGCCCCGACGUCGUCCACCACGGUAGCCUUAUCGCUGGGAGAUGCACUGGCUAUCGCUACCGCCCGGCGGCUACAUACUUCCCCAGGCAGGGGUCCCGCAGAGAUCUUUAAGAGUUUCCAUCCGGGAGGUGCCAUCGGCGCCGCAUCUAUGGCGUUGACGCCGAUGAGCAUGUCGUCUGCAUCGAGUUCUUCCGCGCCAUCAGACUACAUCCCCGCUCAACAGACUACGACCUCGUUUCCGCAGUCGGACAGCAAACCUGACCAGCGUCCCCUCGUUCGCGAUAUGCUUGUUUCGCUCGACCAAAUUCCCAAAGUGUCUGCACCAGGCAAAGUCCGUCUCCUGGACAUCCUCCUCACCGCCAUCCAACACCCCAACGCCAAGUCAUGGGUCCAUCUCUCGCCGUCGGAAAUCGUACCCCCCCGACAUCUCCGCUUCGUCUCUCAAAGCAAUUAUGUAGAUAUGCACGUUUCCGCGUUCGUCGAACUUGGUCUACCUUUCGGGGUGUCUCGCAAGGAUUGGCUCCGCAUCCCAGGCUCAAGCACCAUCGACGACGCACGACGACUCGUCUCCGACGCCAAUGCAUCCUCCGAGACCUCCGUGACAGUGGUAGCUGUCAUGCACGACACCAACUCGGACGAGUGUCUCGGCGUGAUCGAAGCCGAGGAUCUGUGGAAUGACUGUGACGAUUAG